AUGCACGACCCACAAGAAGAAUCAUACUCUAUGUAUCCAAAGACCUCAUCUCCACCACCACCACCUCAAGCCAAUAUGCAUUUUCCUGUUUACCAGACUCCUAUGAUGUACGGUUACUCGCAGAACCCAUACAUGUAUGCUGGUCAGGCUCCAGGUUAUCAUUUUGGUAUGAUGAACCAAGGUCAAAUGAUGUACCAGCCUAAUGCUAUUCCUCAACAACCUAAUGGUGGUGCUGGCGGUUCUAAGAAGAAAUGGAACAUGAAUAAUAAUAUGGGUGCUUCUUCUGGAUCUAGUGCCAACUUGUCCAACGGGAAGACUCAUAAUUACCAUAAUAGCUCACAUGCUGCGAGUUAUCACCCUCAAUCAUCUUCUUCUACUUCUGGAGGAAGUACUGCCAAGAAUGCUUACACCCCAGCUGCAGCAGAUCCAUUGAAGUUCAACAUCUCAAAGAUUAAAGAAGAGACAACUUCCUUCCCAAUGUUUUUUAAUACAAACGAAAAGGACUUUGCAGAAGCUAAGGCCAAAAGAUACCAUCUAAGUUUGAAGGCGUUGGAUCAUGAAGAACAACCAAUUCAAAAGGAACCCCAGGUACAAUCAGAGCAAGUGAAACAGGAAGAACAGAUUCAAAAGAAACAAGAUUCCCAACAACUUAGCAUCGAAGAAGAGGAUAUAAAGGAUCUGAAAAGUGGAGAUAAAACUGAUAUCGUACUUCCAGAAACCACUACUAAUAAGGAAAAUAUUCAGCAAGGUACUGAAAUCAAAGUAAGCUCGCCAGAAAUGGGAAACAAGCAGGCUAGUGGUUCACCAGUGGAGGAAACUGCUACUCCUUAUAUAACACCGGCACCAACACCAAAACCAGCUGCCAAAUCCUGGUCUGCUAUUGCAUCCAGCGCUAUUUCUAAAGGGAAGCCCUCCAAUGUAUCUUCACCAAUCUCAAGGCCAGGAUCUACCCAUCAGCAACCUCAGAAGAAAUCAAAAAAGUACGUUCCUGCGACCCCAAAAGGACUUGAACCAUUAGGAUCAGUAGCUCUAAGAAUGUGCUUCGACCCAGAUUAUGUCUCAUACACGUUAGAUACUGCCAAAAACGAAGACAAACUGCCAAUUAGAGAGAUAAUUCCAAGAGGUAUUAUAAAUAAUGCUAACAUCUGUUUCAUGAGUUCCGUUUUGCAAGUGUUAUUGUACUGUGCGCCUUUUGUAGAUAUUUUGAAUGUUGUCAGUACUAGAAAUAUGAACGCAAAGAGUGGCUCUUCCUCGGCGAAACUAUUGGACGCCUGUCUAACAAUUUAUAAGAAAUUUGACAAGGCAAACUAUGAAAAGGAGAAGGAGAAGGAGUCAGAAAAAGAAAAGCCUGGUUCUAAAAAGUCCUCUCCACCAGCUUACGCGUCCAUCACAGAAGCGGUCAAUCCAGAUGAGUUUUAUAGAUCUCUAUCAACAAUUCCAAAAUUUAAAGAUUUGAGAUGGGGUCAUCAGGAAGAUGCUGAAGAAUUUUUAACACAUUUAUUAGAUCAACUUCAUGAAGAAUUGAUUUCUGCCAUUGAUUCACUAUCAGAGAAUGAAAUACUAAACCUACUACAAAGUAUUCAUGACGAAGAUUUGAAGAUAUACAUCAUUCGUAACUUGAGUCGCUAUAAGGAUGCGGAAUUCAUCAAAAACAUGUCACCACAACUGAAGGACCAAAUUAACAAAUACGGAACAAUUUCUGAUGAUUCUGAAGAAGGAAAUGGCUGGCAUGAAGUUAGUGGUUCUAGUAAGAAGGGCAAAAAGACAAAGACAGCUGCUAAGAGAACCGUGGAAUUUAUCCCAUCCCCUAUUUCUAACCUGUUUGGCGGCCAGUUUAGAUCUGUUCUUGAUAUUCCACAGAACAAAGAAUCUCAAUCCAUUACAUUAGAUCCAUUCCAAACUAUUCAACUAGAUAUCUCGGACCCAGGAGUUGAUAGUCUAGAGGCUGCUUUAAAGAAAUUCAGUGAAUAUGAGCUGUUACCUUUUAAGUCAUCAUCUGGAAAUGAUGUAGAAGCAAAGAAACAAACAUUCAUUGACAAGCUACCUCAAAUCCUUUUGAUUCAACUGAAAAGAUUCUCUUUUAUUAGUAAUGCUGAUAAAGAUAAUGGCAUGACCAACUAUAACGCAUACAGUGGCCGUAUUGAAAAGAUUAGAAAGAAGAUUUCUUACGGACACACUCUAGAAAUCCCUGAUGAAACUUUAGCAUCCUCUGCAUUGAGGAACAACUCUUCGAAGACAUAUGAGUUAUCAGGUGUUAUUUACCAUCAUGGUAUGAGCCCUGAUGGAGGUCAUUACACUGCUGAUGUUUUCCAUAAGCAAACUAAGACCUGGUAUAGAAUUGAUGACGUGAAUAUCACCAAGCUAGAGGAUGAUGAUGUCUUGAAAGGUGGAGAGGACAACAUGGACUCCAGAACUGCUUACAUUUUAAUGUACCAAAAUGUGCACUGCUAA